CGAUUUCACUCGGUGGAGAAACGAGACCAGAGGAACGAGUGAAGAAGUGAAAGAGGAGAAAAAGAAGCCGUGAAGCGCGACGGGAAACGAGGACAGGAAGCUGAAGAACUUUAUGAUGUUGAGGUUUAGCUUCUCCCAAUGAUGUGAAUCGUGAUCCAGGCCCCGCUCACACCUCCAACAUGGCUGACAGCAACCUCUCCGGUCCACCUCCUCCCGCUCUGUCUGCACCUUCUCAUCUCUAUGGGAGCAUUGGGGGGACAGCACCCAAACACUCUCCACCCCUCCACCAUAAUGGCAGCCUGGAGGCCAGACCAAGAUGCCAGAGUCCCAGCAGCACCAGUACUGUUCCCCAGCCUCAGUCUGCAUCCAGCAGCAGGAUCUCAGCAUCCACCUCACCCCUCAGGACUCCUGUACCAGGUCCUGGUUCUGAAGACAGCUCCACCAGGCCCCGGUUUCAGAGCUUCACCUCUGCUCUGAGCUCCAGGACCAGAUCCACUACUUCCAGGACCAAGCGUAGAAGCAGCCAGCAGGAGGAGCCAGAGGCCUUGUUGGACCUGAUCCUGGAGUGUCAGGGCCAGAGACUGGAGGACCAGAGAGCCAGCCUCAGCCUGCUGCCUGACCCAGGACCAGCUGCUCUUUGUGGGGCCUGCAGCCCCGACCAGCCCAGCCGGCCCACUCUGGACUUCUACUGCAUGCUCAUACACUACCAGGAGACGACCACGAUACUGCACGUCCUGCAGAACAAGAAGAUGGAUCUGGAUCCUGGUCUUCACGGCCCUUUGCUGUUGUAGUUGCAGGUACAUGUGAGACGUUGGUAUCAGACGUCUGCUUCUGAACGAGGAGGUGAGUUUGCUGCUGUGGGACAGCAGAGAAGAGAGGUCAGAUCCUGGAGCAGCUGAAUGUUGGCAGAAACAGCUGAGAGCUUCACAAACCUCUCCAAUAAACGCAGCAUCAAAAUAUCUUUACUGAUGUUUUAAGAGGCAGGAAAUAAACCAGCUGGUGUGUCUAUGAAAGAA